AUGAGAGGAGACAAUGACAGGCGAGUUAUUCUCAGGGCUGCGACACAUAGAAAAUCUCUCGUUAUAAAUACCGUCUCGUGUCACCUGAAAGUUUCCUCAAAGUUGCCUAAAAGUGGAGGGAGGAGUGUGUGGAGCAGGGAGAAGCACCUGCCGCAGUCGCCGGCCUGCUGCCCGCACCACCGCCGGCCUGCUGCCCGCACCACCGCCGGCCUGCUGUCCGCACCACCGCCGGCCUGCUGCCCGCACCACCGCCGGCCUGCUGUCCGCACCACCGCCGGCCUGCUGCCCGCACCACCACCGCCGGCCUGCUGUCCGCACCACCACCGCCGGCCUGCUGUCCGCACCACCACCGCCGGCCUGCUGCCCGCACCACUGCCGCCGCCGGCCUGCUGUCCGCACCACCGCCGGCCUGCUGUCCGCACCACCGCCGGCCUGCUGUCCGCACCACCGCCGGCCUGCUGCCCGCACCACCACCGCCGGCCUGCUGUCCGCACCACCACCGCCGGCCUGCUGGCCCCACCACCGCCGCCGGCCUGCUGUCCGCACCACCACCGCCGGCCUGCUGUCCGCACCACCGCCGCCGGCCUGCUGCCCGCACCACCACCGCCGGCCUGCUGUCCCCACCACCGCCGCCGGCCUGCUGCCCGCACCACCACCGCCGGCCUGCUGCCCGCACCACCGCCGCCGGCCUGCUGCCCGCACCACCACCGCCGGCCUGCUGGCCCCACCACCGCCGCCGGCCUGCUGUCCGCACCACUGCCGCCGCCGGCCUGCUGUCCGCACCACCGCCGGCCUGCUGUCCGCACCACCGCCGGCCUGCUGCCCGCACCACCACCGCCGGCCUGCUGUCCGCACCACCACCGCCGGCCUGCUGGCCCCACCACCGCCGCCGGCCUGCUGUCCGCACCACCACCGCCGGCCUGCUGUCCACACCACCACCGCCGGCCUGCUGUCCGCACCACCACCGCCGGCCUGCUGUCCCCACCACCGCCGCCGGCCUGCUGUCCGCACCACCACCGCCGGCCUGCUGCCCGCACCACCGCCGCCGGCCUGCUGCCCGCACCACUGCCGCCGGCCUGCUGCCCGCACCACUGCCGCCGGCCUGCUGCCCGCACCACUGCCGCCGGCCUGCUGCCCGCACCACUGCCGCCGGCCUGCUGCCCGCACCACCGCCGCCGGCCUGCUGGCCGCACCACGGCCACCAACACCACCAGGCUGAGGCCAUCGAAGAAAAGAAUUAAGAAGGAAGUUCACGAAGAGCAAGAAGAGGAAGAUGGUAACGGACAGAAGAAUAAACGUGGAUACGAAGAGGAUAACAAAAAGUAG